AUGAAUAAUUCUUCCUCUUCUCAAAAACUUCCGACGAAGGAGGAUUAUAUUUCACCCACUAGGUAUGCACCUCAUUUAUCUGAGUUUUACCCCAUAGUCAAUAGGCAAAGUCAUGACGAUACGACGAAGAACAAUGGGACUAAUAAUCUUCCGAAUGUUCUAAGUAGUAACACCCCUACCCCUACCCCAACUACAACUACAACUACGACUAGUACGAAUGAUAUAUUAUUAGAAUCUCCUAGAUCAUUAUCACAACAACAAUUAAAAGUUGGUUCAAGGCGACCAUCUAGCAUUGCAUCUGGUAUGAGUUCAAUAAACGAUUUACAAACGUUAAUUACUAAGAGAGAUGUUAAAUAUACUAGUGAUGCGAUGUUAGAAUUGUUGAAACGGGCAAAUGAAUUUUCUGUGGCUUUGAGUAAUGUUUCUAAUAAGGCAGGGUUGAUGGCUGAAUCAAUGGAAAAGAUUGCUAAAUUGAAAGGUUGUAAUGAUGAUACUGCUGAUAAGUUGAUUAGUGCUAGUGGAUUGUUCCAUCUUUUAAGUAAUCAUGAACAAAUUAUGUCGAGUAAUAUUUCUAAUUUGAUGAAUGAUAAAUUACGUGAUGAGAUUGAUGAAUUUAAAUUGAAAAGUAAAGUCUUGGAGAAUAAUUUUAAGAUUAAAAGUAAAGAGGAGAGUUUAAAAUUGAAGUUACAAGAAAAACAUAAUAGUCAAUUAUCAAAGAGGAAAAUUAGGAAUUUGAUAUCUUAUAGAGAAAGUUUAACGAAUCUACAAAAUCAAUUGGACUUAUUAGAGAAUAUUAAAUAUGAUUAUUAUAGAGAUUCUUAUUUUAUAGUGGAGAAUACUUGUAACAAAAUAUUAGAUGAGAUUGCCACUAUAUCAAGAGCUCAAGUAGAAUUAUCUGAAAAUAUUGCUAGAAAAGGUUGGUCAGGUGGUGGGCUUGAUGAAUUAUUGUUAAACGGUGAAGAUCCCUUUAAUAAAUAUAUAGAAGAAGAUAUUGAAGAGGAGAAUGCAAACAGACAAGAAGGAGAGGAAGAGGAAGAAGAAGAAGAAGAAGAAGAAGAUGGUUCGUCGACUAUACAAAAUGACAAAAAUACAAGUAUACUGCAUGAGGAACUUGAUAGUACUUCAGUACGAAACAAAUCAAUGAAUAAUGCUGAUGAAAAUAUGAAUUUGAUUCCCUCCAUUGAAGUAGUUCAUGCGGAUGAGACUGAUAAGAAUAAAAAGGGGCAUAAUUCUGAACCCCGCUUACAAGAACCCGUUUGGAUUGAUUCAUCAUCUAGACGAACGUUAACACCGACAAGUAAUGGUCAAACGAUAGAAGAGCGGACGCGAUGUACUGAAUGUACAACCAUCCAGGCUUCAUCUGAUCCUAAAAACAAUAAUAAUUAUAAUAGUAACGAGGGUGACGGUAACGAUAAAAGUGAUGAUGAUGAUAAUGAUGAUGAUGGGAGUCACAGUAGUUUAUUUGACAGUUCAUUUGCUUUACCAAAUAGUAAUUCAAAUACGCAUUCUAAUAGCAAUAUUAGCAAUAUUGGCAAUAAUAAUGAUAAUUGUAACAGCGAAGGAAAUCUCGAGAACUCCUCGGUGCAUAAUUUACAAGAAGAUAUUGAAAGGGAGCAUAAAGUAGUGCAAAUGGAGGAAAGCAAUGAAGAAAUCAAUGAGAGUACGAACAGUGAUACCCAUACAAAUAACAUACUUGAUGGUUUAAGUUCUCUUGAGGUUGGUAAUAAUG